AUGAGUGAUUUAGUCCUAGAAUCUCAAUCUCCAACUUUGUAUGGAGUAGCACCGCCUAUGAGUGACGAAGCUAUGGAAGCGAAACGUAAAGCACUAGAGAUUCUUGUCGCUCAACCUGAACGAAAUCGACUUCCAGUACCGAAUCAUCUCCUAAACUCAAAACUUUUCGUUAAAUUAAAACGAAAUAAACUAGUUGAAGUGACACCACAUGAAAUUCAUUUCGAUGGAUUUGAAUUGAAUCAAAUUCAGACGCGUGAAUUACACAUAUUGAAUCGUUCACCGGAAGUUUUACGUGUUGACAUUCUUCCUCCUCAAACAUCAUUCUUUCAAAUCGAUUAUAAAAAACCUCAACGUCUGGUCACUGGCUUUUCUAUUCACGUCAAAAUUUUAUUCAAACCUACACAAUGGCAAUACUAUCAUGAUGCUAUCCGUAUCCAUACACCCGAACGUGAUGAACAUCUAAUUGUGCCAAUUCAUGCUUAUCCAAUCAUCCUAUUAGAUGGUAUUUUACCCAAUACAUACCAAUUUCCCAACACACCACUAGGACAAGUUGCAACAAAAACGUUCUCGUUUCAAUCAGGAGCGCCGGUGGAAUUUCAAUAUCGAAUUGAGAUUCUUAGUCAUGAUCCAGCAUUGACAAUUCAACCAAUGGAAGGUACAAUUGAACAGUCGAAUGUUACAAACAUAACUGUGACAUAUGCACCAACGGCAUUUUGUACAUCACGUCUAUCAGUAGCGAUUAUUGUCUCACAAUUUCAUAUUCAACCUUUUAUUUGCACAUUUGUUGGCAAAUGUAUGCCAGGUCUCGCCAGAGAUCUAGCCAAAAAAACGUUGCGUAUGAGUGGUCAAUUCUCGACAGAUAAUAUCAAUUUAGUCACUAAGAAACUACCGACAGCAACAUCAUCUAUGCCAUCAUCAUCACCAGUCAAACAGAAAUCAAUUAAGCAACCCAUGAUUGAGUCCAUUGCUGGAAGCGAUAUUGAACGAGAUGGAUUGCGCAUACCGAGAAAGAUCGAUUCGACAUGGGCGGUAUCGAAAGUUCUCCUACAGAAAAAAGGCAAAGUAGCUUUGAAAGAUUUGAGAAGAUUCCAUGAACUGUCACUCGAAAAUCAGCGUGGACUUACUCGACAAAGAAAAGAAACAAUCUUCCUUCAAGAUGUAAAUCGUAUCGAAGAUGAAGAACAACGAAAUAAGAUUCGUUGGCAAACCAAACUCGGCUUCGAUGCACUCUCGGCAGCCGAACGUGAAAACAUUCUCAAUAGUCGACAAGUGUCUUGGGAUGAAUAUUCAAUUCGUAUUGGGCAUCCGGUACCAGAUGAUGAGUAUACUCGAGAUACGGUAGGAUACUCUGAACAACGAACAGUUCGGCCACUCGAAAUGAAAAUUCGUAGCAAUGCGCAAUUUGAUCUACAUACGAAUAAUCUUUGGUUGAAUCGACUACAAGUUCUAGAUCGUUUCGCACAAGCAGCUCGAAAGAUCAUUGUCAAACGACGUCUAGUUACUCAUUUAAAAGCAUUGCAAACAUAUAUUAAUACAUAUAAAAAAGCCAAAACUGAUAAAGAUAUUGAUCAAUAUGUAUAUGAAUAUUUCAAAGUGCUUCGUGGUGAAACAUUGGAAACAGAUGGGCAUAUAUUAAUUAUUCGAAAUAGUUCAAUUGGUACUUUUCAUUUACCUCGAAGUGACGAAGAUGAACAAGAUAAUUCAAAUACUAUUGAAAGUAUUCCAUCUGUUAAUGCGCCACAAAUGAGUUUUAAACUUCGUUACGUACUACCUGCAAUGCCGUUAAUUGUUCCACAUCAAUAUAAACUACUCAAGUACCAACCUAGUAAUCCAUUACUUUUGCGAUAUGAUUAUACAACAGCUAAAUUGGCUCGGUCAUUGCGUGCCGGAGCUGAAGAUGAAUUAAUCAAACUUGAUGAAGCAUCCGCAGAAAAAUCAUCUGAUAUUUCAGCACGAAUUAAUGAAAAACCAACGAUAGUUACUCCGACAGUUCCGUCUUCUCUACUGUCAGCACCUAUUUAUCAUCCUCUGACUGUUUUCAACCCUACACCGGGUGUUAUGACCUACGAAACUCAAUUGCCCUAUUCGGCAGUCGAUUCCGAUAGUGCUGUUUGUCCUAUACCAUUAGUCGAACGACCAGGAUAUUCUUCAACAAGUCGAUAUCUUGAUCGAGAGGACGUAAUUCAAGGCACAAUGACAUGGAAAAGUAUGAGUAGCACAGGUCUCUCCGCUCUUUCUCAAAUACCAACGAUGUCCAAUAUUUGGCUGCCGAGAUGGAAUGACCCAUUUUCUCCAGAUAUUCUGCCUUCAAGCUUGCCACCACUUCUACAUGAAAUGCCUAUAUCCGAUCGAAAUCAACUCUUGGAUGAUGACAUGAAUGAAGAAACCAAACUUGUCCUUACACCGGAAAUGAUCCGCGCUGAAUUCAUUGAAUUACACAUCAAUCCAUCAACGACCACAAACGAUAAACAAGAUACUAUGUUUAAGAAAAAGAAAGCCAUGGGAUCAUCAUCAUCACAGGGAUUUCCUUCUGGUGACAAGCUACCGGAUUCGAAUGUUACGCUUUCUACACAUGGCCGACCGUCUCGAUUUCAACGCGAGCAAGAACUGGAUUACUUUCAACGAAAGAAGUUUGGUCAACUAACCGAUCGAGUUAAUAAACGCAUGGAAAAGAAUCACGGCGCAAAUCGAUCCGAUUUAUCCGAUCAACAACAACAAACAACAGCAUUAAAUGAACCAUCUCAAUAA